UAGAAGCGGAGCAGAGAGUAGUGAAGAGACUCGAGAAAGCAUGAUAGCUGAUUUCGGCUUCCCCAGAGAGCUCUCGGAUCUGCAGAAGCAUCGCUCUCUCUACCAGCCCGAGCUUCCUCCCUGCCUUCAGGGGACAACAGUGACAGUAGAAUUCGGUGAUGCUACCACUACUUCUGAUCUUUCUGGUGUUCACACAAUCAGCCGAUCCUUCCCCCACACGUACGGCCAGCCUUUGGCUCACUUUCUGAGGACGAAUGCCAAAGUCCCUUAUGCUCACAUCAUAACCGAACAUCCAGUGGUCAGGGUAGGAGUGGUCUUCUGCGGGAGGCAAUCCCCAGGUGGGCAUAAUGUCAUUUGGGGUUUACACAAUGCUCUUAAAAGUCACAACCCCAACAGUACUUUGCUUGGAUUUGUUGGUGGCACGGAAGGUUUAUUUGCUCAGAGAACUCUGGAAAUUACAGACGAUGUUCUUGCUACUUACAAAAAUCAGGGUGGUUACGAUAUGCUAGGCCGGACAAAAGAUCAAAUAAGAACAACCGAGCAAGUCAACGCCGCAUCAACUACAUGCAAAGCAUUGAAGUUAGAUGGACUUGUCAUUGUUGGAGGUGUCAUGUCCAACACAGAUGCUGCUCAGCUUGCAGAGACGUUUGCAGUAUCAAAUUGUCCAACGAAGGUUGUUGGAGUUCCUGCUACUUUGAAUGGAGAUCUGAAGAAUCAGUUUGUUGAAACUGAUGUGGGUUUUGAUACUGUAUGCAAGGUGAAUUCCCAGCUCAUUAGCAAUGUCUGCACAGAUGCGCUCUCUGCAGAGAAGUACUAUUAUUUCAUCCGGCUUAUGGGUCGGAAGGCAUCUCAUGUUGCUUUAGAGUGCGCUCUCCAAUCACAUCCAAAUAUGGUCAUCCUUGGAGAGGAGGUGGCUGCAUCAAAGCUUACUCUUUUUGAUUUGACAAAGCAAGUUUGCGAUGCAGUUCAAGCUAGGGCAGAACAAGACAAGUACCAUGGGGUGAUCCUUCUGCCUGAGGGGCUUAUUGAAAGUAUUCCUGAAGUAUAUGCUCUCUUGCAGGAAAUUCAUGGCCUGCAUGGCCAAGGUGUUUCUGUUGAUAAUAUUUCUGCACAUCUGUCACCUUGGGCGUCAGCCUUGUUUGAAUUUUUGCCACCCUUCAUCAAGCGACAGUUGCUCCUUCACCCUGAAUCAGAUGACUCUGCCCAGUUAUCGCAGAUUGAGACGGAGAAACUUCUAGCGCAGCUUGUAGAGACAGAAAUGAACAAGCGAAUGAAAGAGGGAACAUAUAAAGGAAAGAAGUUCAAUGCUAUCUGCCACUUCUUUGGCUAUCAGGCUCGUGGUUCUUUACCGUCGAAAUUUGACUGUGACUAUGCCUAUGUUCUGGGGCAUAUCUGCUAUCACAUUCUGGCAGCCGGUUUGAAUGGUUACAUGGCAACUGUAACCAACCUGAAAAAUCCUCUGAACAAAUGGCGUUGCGGUGCUGCUCCUAUAACAGCAAUGAUGACUGUAAAGCAAUGGUUGCGAGGUCCUGGGACCUUGAUUGGAAAACCUGCUAUUCAUCCUGCUGCUAUUGAUUUGAAAGGCAAGGCAUAUGAGUUACUGAGAGAAAAUGCAAUGAAGUUUUUGAUGGAUGACAUGUACAGAAACCCUGGGCCUCUUCAAUUUGAUGGCUCAGGUUCAGAUGCCAAGUCUGUCACCCUGUGUGUUGAAGAUCAGGACUAUAUAGGCCGGAUAAAGAAGCUGCAGGAGUAUCUCGAAGAGGUGAGAAGUAUUGUGAAACCCGGCUGCUCACAGGAUGUUUUGAAAGUAGCCCUUAGUGCCAUGGCUUCUGUUACAGAUGUCCUCUCCGUAAUUACUACACCUUCAGUUGCUAGACACCCUUCUAAUUUAUAACUUGGCAGGCCUUUGCUUAGGCCUUGCAUCUUCUGGACCUGGUAUGUGUGAUAUAUUGAAGUGUUGCAUCUUCUGGGCCUGCCAUUUAGACAGUUGACCUGCCCCAAAAAUCUGCAUGUUGAACUCACUAGUGUGGUUCAGGUUCAAAAUCUGCCCAGAUAUAUGAGUUGACGGCCAGUUGUUGGGCUAGGCCAUCUACAUGGUAGGGCGCGAACUCGCACAUGCCAAGGGCUUCAUGUGGGACUCAUCAAUCUCUCUUCUUCUGUAGAAGCUGCUUGUCCACCGAGCUGAGAUUGUUUGUCCUUUUCCAUUUCUUCCAUUUCUUUUAUUACCCAUGCCAAUUUUUAGUUCUCAUUAUUAGGAUAUUAGGAUCCGGCUACAUGCUUUUAUCAUUAUAUUGUAUUUUAAUCUGCAUUAGGCCUGAAACUUAAAAGAGUAUUGUAUAAUCAAAAUGGUUGUUGUGACUGCAAUUUAUGUGGAUCUUUUUGCGGACAUUGAUCGGCUUCAAUCCAUGCAACCUUUCAUGAA